AUGAAUACAGGAUACCGGGAUACAGGAUACAGGAGUUACAGGUACAGGGUACAGGAAUACAGGAUACAGGGGAAAUGGGUACAUGAAUACAGGAUACAUGAUACAGGGAUACAAGGAUACAGGGAUACAGGAUACAGGGAGUACAGGUACAGGGUACAGGAAUACAGGAUACAGGGGAAAUGGGUACAUGAAUACAGGAUACAUGAUACAGGGAUACAAGGAUACAGGGAUACAGGAUACAGGAGUACAGGUACAGGGUACAGGAAUACAGGAUACAGGGGAAAUGGGUACAUGAAUACAGGAUACAUGAUACAGGGAUACAAGGAUACAGGGAUACAGGAUACAGGAGUACAGGUACAGGGUACAGGAAUACAGGAUACAGGGGAAAUGGGUACAUGA